AAAUACAUACACACCCAAUCAGAAACGAACAUCGAGUCCAAAUGUUUCCAAACGCCAUGUCCACUCUGCUUCACUCCCCUCCCGCUUCUUCCCCUUCCUUCUCUCAGAUCACCACUCCUCGCUUCGCUCCUUCGCCUCGCAUCUCCCUCCGAAACGGCGUCCGUUGCAGGGCCGUGGACGCAGUGAAGCUGGAGAAUGGGAGGCCAAGUGCGAGCGAGUUUGUCGUCACCGGAAGCGGAAGCGGAAGCGCUAUUCCGAGCUUCGUCGUGGCGCCAAACGCGCGUAUUCAGGAUUUGGUUAACCGGAACGACACUCGCCUUCGGAUAUUUUCCGGCACCGCUAAUCCGGCGCUCGCUCAGGAAAUUGCGUGCUACCUGGGCCUGGAGCUAGGAAAAAUUAAGAUAAAGCGUUUUGCUGAUGGUGAGAUAUAUGUUCAGUUGCAAGAGAGUGUCAGGGGCUGUGAUGUGUUUCUUGUGCAGCCCACAUGCCCUCCUGCGAAUGAGAAUCUUAUGGAGCUUCUCAUAAUGAUUGAUGCCUGCAGGAGGGCUUCAGCCAAAAAUAUUACUGCUGUCAUUCCGUAUUUUGGAUAUGCCAGAGCUGAUAGAAAGACUCAAGGGCGUGAAUCCAUUGCUGCCAAACUUGUAGCAAAUUUAAUUACAGAAGCAGGUGCAAAUCGUGUACUUGCUUGUGACCUCCAUUCUGGGCAGUCAAUGGGCUAUUUUGAUAUUCCAGUUGAUCAUGUGUAUGGACAGCCUGUUAUUCUUGAUUACCUUGCCAGCAAGACUAUUUGUUCCGACGAUUUGGUAGUUGUCUCGCCAGAUGUUGGUGGUGUUGCUAGAGCACGAGCUUUUGCAAAAAAAUUAUCCGAUGCUCCUUUAGCUAUUGUUGAUAAAAGGCGCCAUGGGCAUAAUGUUGCUGAGGUGAUGAAUUUGAUAGGUGAUGUAAGGGGAAAGGUAGCAGUUAUGGUAGAUGACAUGAUUGAUACUGCUGGGACUAUUGCCAAAGGUGCAGCUCUUUUGCAUCAAGAAGGGGCAAGAGAAGUCUAUGCAUGCUCUACACAUGCUGUUUUCAGUCCUCCUGCUAUUGAGAGGUUGUCAAGUGGUUUGUUCCAAGAAGUUAUCAUAACUAAUACGAUUCCAGUGGCAGAACAGAACUAUUUUCCCCAAUUAACUGUCCUAUCAGUGGCAAACCUUCUGGGCGAGACUGUAUGGCGUGUUCAUGAUGAUUGCUCAGGUGGAAUUGAGCCUUAUUCAAGUUUGGGCAUUGAUUGAACAAUUUGUAUCAUUGGUAUGCUCGUUCCAGCUUGUGACACUGCGGUAACAAGCGGCAGAAUUGUAGAGUUUACCUUAUAGUGAAAGCUAUUGUUUAAGGAUACCAUAUAGAGAACUGUUUCAGCAGAUUUUUGUACGUACAAAAUACAUUAUAGGUAUUAGAAAUCCAGUAGAAGUCGCGUGGCCUUGAGUGCAUAUUUUUCUGUCAAAAUGGUGAACAUUAAUGGUAUUGAAAUGUGUGCCUAAGUUAUUCUCAGACAUUUAAUUCCUUUUCCUUGUGUAUUCAAUUCAACAUUAAGCCAACUCAACCAUGUAUAUUUAAUUAUGCCCA